AUGCUGGAGUUUCUCAUUGACAAUAUCUAUGCAGUUUUUGGAGAACAGGUCGCACACAACUCUGUUGAAAAUCCAGUGGACAAUGAAAAUACUAUCGCGGAACCGGAACUACGUCACUUGAUCUGUCAAUCAACGGAACGUGCUAUUAAUCGCGAGCAGGAUAGUAAUAUGUCUAACUUCACAAGAGAGGAAUAUCUAAGACUUUAUUUUCCCAAAAGCAGAAGGUCACGCUGCAAAAAUUGUGAGGGCUGCCGGGCAGAAAAUUGUGGCCUGUGUACAUACUGUAAGGACAAGCACAUUUUUGGUGGAAGUGAUAGAUUGAAACAGUGCUGUAUCAAUAAACGAUGCAGACGUCUGUUCGACCAUGGAAAGAAAAAUAGCCUAUCAGAACCGGAACAACCGGUAAUUCAGCACGCACAGUACAAUCCAAAACCUGAACCGAAAAUACAGCACGCGUUUGUCUUUCUCCGGGACAUAUGUGAUGAAAAACUGUUAACAAUAUUUAGGAAAAAUCCGACCAAAACGGAAACUGAAGACACAAACACAGUAUCAAAUAAAGCGCCAAACGACAUCAUGACGUCACAGAAUUUAGGGCGGUCUCAGAGGAAGAAGAAAGCUAAUUAUCAUUACUUAAAUCCUGAUAAAUACCUUCUUCCUGCCAAAUUUGGGAGGAAAGAGUGUCCGAUAAACAGUGAUCCUUUGGAGGGUGUUGAUAUUAACAAAUUAGUUGCCCACGUAGAAAGACAGAAUGAGCAAGACAGGAAAUUCUUACAGGCUGAAAAACGGAAGCGUUUGGUAAAUGACACAGAAAUACAGUGUAUGCCACCACCGAUAUCAGAAACUGAGGACGAGAAACUACAUCCUUAUGGUUAUUUGAAAUCCAUACCGCCUUCCAUAAAUAGUCCAGCAGCUUUCAGUUCUUUCAAGAGUUCGUCCUUAAAAAGUCUGCCAUAUCUGACGAAACAGGAUAAAACUUCCAAUAAUGACGCAGUUUAUACAUAUAGGGGCGUUUCUGACCCGCCUCUGAAUGACCUAUAUAUGGAUGAAAAAGUAAACGUUGGUUUUUCCGGUCUUUCUUGUAAGCCUAAUGACGCUUAUUUUAAUGAAAUUUAUACAGACCUGGACAAGAUCCUCCCAAACCUAAAUAAUGAACCAAAACAUAAGAAAGGACUUCAAGAGAGAGAGGACAAACGAUCAAAUACUGGAACAGAGAAGAUUUCAACUCCAAUAACAGAGGACAGAGCAGUGACGAGUGUAACAGAGGACACAUCCUUUCUCGUGAAAUCUGUUGAUCAAUCUGAAAUAGAAAGUCAUUUGACUAAAUUGAAUAAAACAGAGGUUUCAAUGGACUACAACACUGAAGGGGACAUAAAUAUUGAAAACAUUGAAAACACCGUAUAUCAGGGCGUAAUGAGAGAAACAGGGAAAGAACAAGCCAAGGAAGAGAAAUAUUUCCAGCUAGAUAUAGGAGAUAAACUUAUUUUUAUCCCUACCGAUGGAACUUGCGAAAUUCCGAAAGCGUUUGUGCUGGACAAACCUUCUAAAGCGCCAGAGACCAAUCUAAACUCUGGAACAGGGAAAAGUCUGGUCUCUGAACAAAAGUCCUCCGUUGAUCCUGCUGAAGUUACAGAAAGUACCCCAGUUAAAUCAGAGCUUAUGGAUGGUUCGGGCGAUGACUCAUUGCCGAAAAUUACAAGCGUGUUCAGUUUGUCUUCAGACAGAGUGUCUGCAGAAAAUAACAUAAUUGAACCAGAAACAUCAUCUUAUACGACAGACCGAGAUAGAAGCAUGGAAUUGGAUUCAUGUAAAGUGCCCAUGGAAACCCACAGUGCAUCAAUUCAGCUCAAACCAUCACUAACGACAGAAAAAAAUAAGGAAGUUUUUUCAUUAACAACAAAGGGUACGAAAUUAUCAAAACUCUCGAUAGGUCAUUCAAGUGGAACGUGUCCUGCGUCACCUAAUCCUUCCGUUUGUCAACUUACUUCAUCAAGUGCAAACAGGCCUACGGAACUGAAGAUGCGUUUGUCAAACCUGGGAAAGCUUGAACACCUUGUGAAAUCUACCGGUAAAGCAUUAAAUCAGUCUAACGUGGUCAAUCUACCAACUUCCAACGCUUCACGCAAGGUCGCUCCAGAUGUUAAACAGAGCGCCAUUCCAGCCACAGCACAGAAACUAUUGCUCAUUCCAAAAUUAAGUAGCCCGCAUUCUGAUGGUAGAAGCACUUUGUUUAUCACUUCAACUCAAAACAAUAAGCUACAAAACAUUUUGCCCAACGCAAAAUUACGCUUUGUUGUUGAUAAACCACAGACGUCAAUGUCAAACAUAAGUUCGUGUAAGAGGAACCCUGGUGUUAGGACGACUGGCUUGGCGGUUAUUCCAAAGGAUCCCUCGAGGCCAGUUCUACUUUUUCCGAACAAAACAAACGCUACUUUCAAGCCUAUUGUAUCACGUCAGGUAACUGUCAAUGCAAACAGUUCUCUUCAUUCUAAAACUGUUCCCUCUUUUUUCAAGACUUCAGGUAACAAUCGAGGAAAUCAAAGCAAUGCUAGUUCUCGCUCAGGCCUAGUAUCAUCUGCUUCAAAUAAUGGAUUUUUGGUUCAAUCUGGCGUUUUAUCAGCUGUUACUGAAUCAUUAAGGUCGUCUGAGCGGAAUGUGUUGAGCAGUAGUGCCCCUCUCAAUACCAAACCAAAUUGCAAUGAUAUUGAAACACAAAGCAAGGCUGAAAAUAAUCAUUCAAAUGCAAUUAAGAAAGCCAACUCCUUUGGCCAGGAAUGGGUCACAGUUAAGUCUAGGCCGGGUGACAAACAUAAGUUUGAAGCUGCUAUUCUCACAGACGUAGUUAAAGAAAAAAACGUUUUUGAAAUAAAUGGCGAAACACCCACUGCUAGUGAGAGAACUAUUUCACAAACCAGGGAGAGGGGUAGAGAACAGACCUUGGAACACAAUAUUACGCACGUACACGCCGAAGAGAUGGACACGGAGGAGCGCAUCCGGCGACUCAGAGAAAAGAUGCGCAGUCAUCAGGAAGAAUGUGAAAGUUUGAAAAAGACUUUAUCGAUCGAUAGUGAGUUAUAAGAAAUGACAGUUGUUAAGAUGUUUGGUGUUUAUUAAAAAUCGAAUCUUUUAA